AUGGCGCCACAUACUGGAACUGGAAAUCAUCAUCCUGUAUCUGUUGUUGCAGGUGAUGAAAUAGUAGUGGUUACAUCUGAAGAUGGAACUAAAAAGACUUUUGAAUCAUCAUCAUGUGAAAGAGCUCCGCUGACUUCAUAUCGUAGUAUAACUCUGACUAUUGCACUGGAAUUGGUGACUUCUUUACCCUUCUUCAAUCUAUGCCAGAAGGACACCAAAGACACAUAUAAGGAAAAGAUUAUGAGUACUACAAUGGCGACUCCAGUCGGUAGUACAGCUACAGCAGCUUUUACAGCCACAGCUUCUACUACUGCCGCCGCUCCUAGUGCCACUACUGCCGCUUCUGCUACUGCUACUGCCACAGCCACCACUACUACUGCUACUGCUGCUCCCACAAAAUCCAACUAUUUCCAGCCAAUAAAGUCUCCAAGAACUGAUGACGAGGAUAUAGCCAAACCUGUGGGCGGUAAGAAGAACCAAAACUAUUUGAUGAACAUAUUGACGUCUUCGUUGCUUGCUACAGGUCUCAACCAAGUGACUUCCCCCUUGAGAAAGUUGGCUGGCCAUCCUUCUCCACUGGCGGAAGAAGAGGAAGAACCGGAAGAAGAAGGUUUGCAACAACCAGUGAUGGAAAAUCUUGAAGACUUCGAGUUAUCGGGAUUAUUGGGCAGCUUUGACGACAUUCAUCCUGAAGAUAUAAAUGACGAAGAUAAGAAGUAUCUCGACGAAGCGAUCUUGAGUGCUGAAGCUACUUUGGCUGAUGCUGAUACGGAUCCUACACACACUAAUAGUAUCCCAACAGCUAGUAGUACGACGGAAACAAUGUCUACUGUCUCGACAGAAGACAGUGAAUCACUUUUGUUGGAGGAUGUUGAAGAAAAGGAUGUUGAAGAACUUGCAUCUACAACUGCAACUGUUGAUGAAAGUAUAACUCCAUUCCAAGCCUCUGUAUUGGAAAGAAUGAACCUCACUGGGAUUCUGGAAUCCAUAUUUACGAAAUUCAAGGGAAACAAUGAUUAUACCAUUACUGAUGGCGUUAAACUCCGGUUUGCUCAUAAACUUCAGAAUGAACUUGAUCUUAGUGAUGAUGACAUUUUUGUUGAUGAUUAUGAAGCCUUAUUAGCAAAUGAUGUUUUGUUACAAGGCCAUGUGUACUUGACUCAAGAAGCACUUAUAUUCUUUGCUUUCCUACCCAAAUCAUUGAUUAUGCCUGGAACUCACCACCCAUCAUCAUCUGCUGCUCAUCAUAAGCACCACCACAGUCUACACCCAUCAUCACAUGAUAAUGGGUAUAUAAUUCAAGAUGGUUCGUUGGCAAUGAAACUGAUAAAGCCUGAUGCUGUUUUCCAAAGAUCACAUCGUCAUUGGGUUAUACUUAGAGAGAAGACUCUCAGUGUAUACAAAUCGCCCACGGAUCUUUAUUUCCCAGAGUUACUGAUUGACUUGACGACUUGUCUCCGUAUUGAACUUGAAAAGUUUCAGCCACAAAGAACUACUGCUAAUACCACUACAGCAAGAAGGUAUUCCAAUGAAGAUGUAGAUUCAAGUCCCGAUGGUAUACGAGAAGACCUUCAUGAUGAAACAAUCAAAACCGAAGCGGUGUGGUUCAAAGUCAUCACUACAUCGAAGACCUACAAGUUCUUUGCUGACAAUGAAUAUACUGCCAGGAAUUGGUGUAGCAAUUUGUCUAAAAGAAUCUUUGUUCUUAGCAAUUCCAAUGAUAAGGGUGAAGUCUUAGUGAAAAUCCCCCUUUCAAGAGUUGUUGAUUUUGAGAAGGUAAAUAUCAUGAAGGACCCAUUUUUGGAUGGACCCUUCAUACCCAAUGGAUUUGUGGUGAAGUUCUUGGAAGAUCCCCAACCAAAGGAAUCUCCCAAUAAUCUGGAAGGCAAUGAGAAAGCUACAGUUUCCAUUGAAGGUGGUGAGACUACCUCUAGUUUUCUUGAGCUGACGAAUUAUGGAAUUGAUGAGGUUUUCUUCUUGUUUUUAAGGGAAGGUAACUCCUUUUUCAAGAAACUUCAAGAGUUAUUGGAUGAACGCUUCAACGGGAGUACAGACCCAUUUUUCAACCAGAAACCAAUUUCAGAAAAGGCGUCGGUCAUUUUCGAACGGAAUACUGCUGCCAGCGGUGGUAAUGGAGACUCUCAACUUGAGAGCUUGAAGAGUACUCUUGCACCUCAGAAGCAAACUUAUCUCAUGAGUCAGAUGAUUCUGUUGUCUGAAAAGAUGAUGAUGACGUCUUCGCCGACUUCAACUUUCUCGCCAGCUCUUUCAAGAAGUACAACGCCCAAUACAUUAAUGAAAUUAGGUCGGACAUUAUCUGCCAGAUCAAGGAAAUUGAUUGCCAAAAGGACUGACAGCAGUAUCACCACACCCUCGCCUGGAGCCGGGACAAGGUCUCCUUCUGGAUAUCAAGAUAUUUGUUUACCUAAAUCGUUGUCAAUGACUGAUCUUAAAAAAGUUCAAAUGUCUGUUAGUGUAUCUUCAAAGGAGGUUAGUAAAGAUGAAUUUGCUGAUGCCUUGGAUAAGAAAUUGGACAGCUUAGGACUCCAAGGUGAAGGCACUAUUGUUGAUUCUUACAAGGACACCAUUACUUCAUCAGAUCUGGAACCUGGGACUCUCACACGAACGAGCACUAGUGAAGGAUUAAUUGACCGCAACUCUAACACACAACUGCCGGUACUAGUUCAACCACAACCAAGAAGAGCAGAGAAUGCUUCGCUGUAUUUUGAAGUUGAAAGCUCGAAUUCAGAUUCAAAUUAUUCGCCAACCAAUGAUGAUAGAAAGUCUAAUGUGUUGUUAACUUUAGGGAAGGCUAUUGGGCUUGGUAAGCCUCUUAAAAACAUGGGACACAUGUGGAUGGCUGAACCCAAUCAUUUCUUACAAAUGGUGGAGAAUGACCCUUACUACAAUGUCAGUAACAAAGAGAGAGAGCAAUCAUUUAAGAACUUUAUUGGCCAUUUUCUGUUACCAAAUGAAGGAAGAAUCUUAUUGGCAUCGUACUAUGUACAUUUGCAGAGAUCUGUACCAGUUUACGGAAAGCUUUACUUGAGUAACCAUGAAUUGUGUUUCCGAAGCAUGCUUCCCGGGUACUCCACCAAGAUGAUCUUACCUUUGAAGGAUAUUGAGAAUUGCUUCAAGGAGAAAGGGCUGAUUCUAUCUUUUGGACUUGUGGUUGUCAUCCAUGGCCAUGAAGAAUUGUUUGUGGAUUUCAGUGCAGCCAGUUCUCGUGAUGAUUGUGAAUAUAUGUUGUUACUGCGUUUGGAAGAGAUACAUAGAGAUGAAGUAUGGAGUCCCAAGAACUCUGACUGGGGUCCAAACUAUGAUACGCAAAUUGGAGUGGAACGCAUGGAACUUCUUCCAAAUAUCUCCCAACCAACAGUAAGUGAUUGUAAAAGUACAGAAGAAGUUGCUGCACUUGCCAUCUCCAACACACGGAUUGAAAAUGCUAGGAUGAAAUUGUUUGAAGACAGAUUAGAGGCUGCAGCAGGAAUUAAUAUUCCACUUAUAUUGGAAGAUUCUCCCUUUUACAAAUUAGAAGUCAAGCCUACUACUUCAUUCAACAUAACGAUUUUAACCAUAGGAUCCCGAGGAGAUGUGCAACCAUAUUUGGCUCUUGCCAAGGGUCUUCUUAAAGAGGGACAUCAUGUUACAAUUGCUACGCAUCUUGAGUUUAAAGAGUGGAUUGAAAAGCAUAACGUUGGUUUUAAGGAAAUUGCAGGGAACCCAGCAGAAUUGAUGAAUCUAAUGGUUACUCAUGGAAGUUUAUCUGUUGGGUUCCUUCGAGAAGCUAAUUCCAAGUUUAAGACAUUUAUCAAUGAGUUGCUUAAGUCAAGUUGGGAAGCAUGUCAAGGUGCUGAUUUACUUAUUGAGAGUCCUUCUGCUAUGGCUGGAAUUCAUAUUGCUGAAGCUUUGGGUAUUCCUUACAUGAGAGCAUUCACAAUGCCCUGGACAAGAACCAGAGCUUACCCUCAUGCAUUUAUUGUACCUGAUCAAAAGAAAGGAGGGUCAUACAAUUACUUGACCCAUGUGAUUUUUGAAACUGUGUUUUGGAAGGGGAUUUCAGGUCAAGUAAAUAAAUGGAGAGUGAAUGAUUUAGGACUUGCCCGAACUUCUUUGUAUCAAAUGCAACAAUUCAAAACUCCGUUCUUGUAUAAUGUUUCCCCCACGAUAUUCCCACCUUCGGUUGACUUCCCGGAUUGGGUAAGAGUCACUGGCUAUUGGUUUUUGGAUGAAGGGACAUCUGAUUCUUAUGAGCCACCGGAAGAAUUGGUGAAGUUUUUACAAAGUGCCUUUGAAGACGGGAAGAAAAUUGUGUACAUUGGGUUUGGGUCGAUUGUUGUUAAUGAUUCCAAAUCUUUAACUCAAGCCGUAGUUGAUGCAGUGUUGGAUGCUGAUGUUAGAUGCAUUUUGAAUAAAGGUUGGUCUGAUCGAUUAAACAAGAAGGAUAAGAAUGAAUCUGACAUUGUUUUACCACCAGAAAUAUUUAGUAGUGGUAAUGUCCCUCAUGAUUGGUUGUUUUCAAGAAUCGAUGCUGCUGUUCAUCAUGGUGGCUCUGGGACUACUGGAGCCACACUUCGGGCGGGAAUUCCAACGAUCAUUAAGCCGUUUUUCGGAGAUCAAUUCUUUUAUGCCAAUAGAGUUGAAGAUGUUGGGGUUGGAAUUGCCUUACGAAAGUUGAAUACAAAGACUUUGAGUAAAGCCUUGAAGACAGCAGUGACAGACUUGAGGAUGAUUGAGAAGGCAGAAAAGGUUAGUCGAAUGAUCAAGAAGGAAAACGGUGUACUGGAUGCCAUUGAAGCUAUUUAUUCCCAACUUGAAUAUGCCCGGAGUUUGAUCAUUAACAAGCAACAGAGUUCACGUCCUGAUUUGGCUCGUCACAAGUUCAGCGACGGGUUACUGGCAACAGUUCCUUUAGACGAACUACUUGAAUAUAGGGACGAAGACAUUGAGCUUGAACCUGAGAGUGGCAGCAUCAAUGACUCUCCAAUCAAUGUUUCACUGAUGUUGAAGAUUGACCAUGAAGAUGAUGAUGAAGAGGAAGAUGAAGGCCAAGGGGGGUCGGUUUCAAAGAAGAAGCGAAGAUCUAAUUAA